GUCAUGCUUUAAGAGCAGCAACCCCCCCCCCCCACACACACGUUAUCCGGACUGAACUGAGCCCAGCCCCACCUCUGGACUGAGAUCAGAUCGCAUUCAACCCAUCUGAUCAUCAUCAGAGCACCUUUAACUCGCAGUCUCAGCGACAGACUAGACAGCUACACGAGUCAUGGAGACCAGACUGCCCUCCAGCUAGCUAACUGCUAUCUGAUCGGAGCCCGAAAAAUGCACUAGACAGGAGUUGUGUAAUAAGACUGUUUCCUGUUUUCACUGGAGUGACAUUUGCUGUCACAUCUGGCCAUCAGUGGUUGAAGAUGCAGACCUUCCUGAGAGGCAGACGAGUGGGCUACUGGCUCAGCGAGAAGAAGAUGAAGAAACUCAAUUUCUUGGCGUUUGCGGAGAUGUGCAGAAAAAGAGGGAUAGAAGUUGUUCAGCUUGACUUGAGCCAGCCGUUGGAAGAUCAGGGUCCACUGGAUGUCAUCAUUCACAAGCUGACGGAUCUGAUCCUGGAGGCGGACCAGAACGACACUCAGUCCCUGCUGCUGGUCCAGCGUGUGCAGGAUUACAUUGACGCUCACCCAGAGACCAUCAUUCUGGAUCCACUUCCAGCCAUCAGAACUCUGCUGGAUCGCUGCAAGUCUUACCAGCUGGUGCAUAGGAUAGAAGACUGCAUGAAAGACGACAGGAUACGUUCUCCUCCGUUUAUGGUGUUGAACAGUGAGUGUGGCCCCGACACACUGGAGCAGAUCGAGCAGCAUGGUCUUACAUUCCCCUUCAUUUGCAAAACACGGGUGGCUCACGGAACAAACUCCCAUGAGAUGGCCAUAAUCUUCAGUGCUGAGGACCUAAAGGAUGUGAAGCCUCCGUGUGUCAUUCAGAGUUUUAUAAACCACAAUGCUGUGCUCUAUAAGGUGUUUGUGGUUGGGGAGUCCUACACUGUUGUGGAGAGACCAUCACUCAAGAACUUCCCCUCCGGGCCGUCCGACAGAAAAGCGAUUUUCUUCAAUAGCCACAAUGUGUCCAAGCCAGAGUCAUCGUCUGACCUCACAUCCAGGGACGAUGUGGAAGGUGUAUCCCAGCCACCUAACGAUGAUGUCAUCAGGGAGCUUUGUAAAUCCCUGCGGGAAUCUCUGGGGGUUUCGCUCUUCGGCAUUGACGUUAUUAUCAACAACCAGACGGGCCAACACGCAGUCAUUGACAUCAAUGCAUUCCCUGGAUAUGAGGGUGUUCCUGAGUUCUUCAAUGAUCUCCUCAACCACAUCAUCAGCGUCCUCCAAGACCACUCUUCCAGUGACCCACUGGCACCGCCUCCUUCCGCCCAUCAAACCACUUUAGGUGCCGGAGAGCGUAGCUGUGCCCCCUCCCAGGAGUGCUGCAGUGUGCUUGCCAAGGAGUCGGACAGCAGCCCCUGGAUCGUGGAGGGUGACGGUGGUCUGAAGGGCCCGUGUCAGAGACUGGGCUGCAACACGGCCAUUUCCCCCAACUUCCAACAGCACUGUGUAUCCACAAUAGCCACAAAGGCAUCGUCACAGUGACUGCCCCCAAGCCCCCAGCCUUCCCAUGAACAAAUUGUGAAGACAAAAUGAAUAAUAUACAAUAACAAUAAUAACUACUAUACUGAUAAUAUAUCUGUAAUCCGAAAUAAACUAUAAUGGGAAUAAUCGUAAUGAUGGUGAUGGGCAUUGGACACUUUCUCCAAUGCCUUUGUAUGUGUAUUUUUUAUAGUUCUUUUUUUUCGCUUUCUCUUAAGUCUAAUAACUCAGUACUGUAAUGUGAACUUUCGGGAACUCAAUAUUGAUCCAUUGAUAUGUGGCAUUUUAAAAUCACAAUGGAGAAUUAGUGGAAGGUAGCUAACUAAUGAUAGUCGGACAUUUGAGCUGGAAAUAGUCUCUACUUGUUACGCAAAGGCUGACCUAUUAGGCGCUUAAACUGAACACAAAACACAAUAUUCACACCUCCAGGACACCUACAAUGUCUUUGUGCUCUGUAUUUAGUGGAAAUCCCAUAGUGUGAUGAUCCACAGUGUAGAAGCUUGUGCAUUGUCUCCAGACCUGCUCUUUACCGAAGGCCACAUGGAACAGCAUGCAGUGCCCAGAUGCCACUGCGAUUUCGUGACACACCGAGAUCUGCACUUCUGUAAACAUUAUGACACCUGUCAUUUUUCACAUGCAUUUCGGUGCGUUAUGUCUAUAUAUAACCUAGUGUUAUAGAAAAUCAAAAAUUGGAUUGAAAUAUGAAAUAUGUCAGUUGUCAUUAAUGUCUUGAUGUGUAAUGAUAGUCAGUGUUGAGAUUUGUUGGACAUUUGCAAGAGGAUAUCUUGACAUUCCCUGUGUGUGUGUACAUACGUACGUGAAAUGAUUUUAGCAGACGGUCCUUUAAAAGUUCUAAUGUUUUGUAUUUGAUCCUGUAAGUCAUUUUUGUGACUUGACACAGCAAGCAUCAGUACACACCUUUUAAAUAUAUGAACAAACUGUACAAGAUAGAUAUUAAUGAAUAUAUGGGGAGUACUUUUUGAUGAUGUUUCUAAUUGCACAGAAGGACACAUCGGUUCCCCGAAUGGGUAAACGCUUUGACGCUUGGUUACCAUUCCUGCUUUAGAAGGAAAUAGAACAUUUCUUUUGCAAUUUUGUUUUUAAUCGCUAACCUGUUUGAAAAUGACUAAUGAAUACAAAGUAUUUAAGUUUCAUACAGACGUACAGUUAACUAGGCAAUAUUAAAUCAUUGUUUGGUUGCUGAUCAAACUAAUUUGUGAACUGCCAUGAUGUGCGUUUCAAAUGAGUGACUCGUUUAAAUAAUACGAUUUAUUGUAAUUAAAACCAUGUGGUGAAAUAAUUAGCAAUUGAUAUAAAUUAAUGUUGUAUUGAAAUCAUUAUGCAUUUCUUUUUAAAAACUUUAAGACAAAGUUUUGUAUGGUUACUAAAUUGUUUGCUAUGCAGAUUGGAAAAGUUAAUCAUAAAAUAUAUUUCAACCACGUAUUGCCCGUAAAGUGAUUUGGAUACCACACAUGAACACACUAGUGUUUAAUGACCAACUUUUAUCAAUUUGAGUGGAAUGAAUAUUGACACAAAGUCAGCAGACUUAUAAUGUCUUAUUGUAGGACAUUGUUAAUGGAGUUUUCAGCAUUUACUUACUUUGUUCUGCCUUACUGCCAACCCACUCAACACUAAGCAACUUAUGUUUAAUAUUGGGCUCCAAUUGUUUAUGUAACGCGUUUAAAAUGAAAUUUUACAGGUUAACUAAACAGUGUUUUUCUAUAAUGUCUCCCUUCACUGCUAUGGACUACAUAUUUAAAGGCUGCCUUGUUAAAGAUCAUAAGCCAUGUUGCAGUUAGUCUGCUUUUUUAUGUUCAUUAGAUGUUUAACCUCUUGUUUGCCCUGGGUGUUUAAGAUGGUUGGAACAGGUUUAUAUGACUAAUGGGGAAUGUGAUAUGCUUCUGUUUUGUAUUACCUGAUACUUUUAGCUCUGCAAGGGUAAGAGAGAAUGACAGUCUUCAAUACAGCUUUACCUUUUAUCUCUGUAAUUUUGCCUUCAUUGUGCUGUCAAAUAGAAAAAAUCCUCACCUACCAAUUCUUUGUCCUUAUAAAUAUUUUCCUGUCAAGAUUUUCCUCAUAGGCAACCUGCAUAUUUGCAUAUUUAUGUAUAACUAAUGGUAAUACUCAAAGAUGAUUAUAUGCAUUUAAAUAAAAUGCAUAUAAAAAUAAAAUACUCAAUUAAAUAAUGUGCUUGCUAAGCUCAUACUCUAGUUAGGAAAAUUUAACUAUGUUAAAACUUAAGUUUGUCUUACAGAUGUGGUCAAAUUGUGUUGGGAAUAGCUUGUUGGGAAGUGUGCUUUCACUUUCUUGGUUAUAUAUUUUAUUUUUAUAUCAUAGUUUAUUAUAUUUUUGCCUUAUAGACAAUAAAAAAAGAAAAAGCCAUAUUCCCUUCUAGAAUAUCACAGAGACUCAGAAGAUGGGGCUAGUGAUCAACUCCAUAGUAAUAAGUUAUUAUUUAAAAGCCUUGGCAGACAAGGUUUGUGCAGACAAGCAUUACUUACAUUUUUUUAAUUACUUGAGUAGUUUUCAAAUAAAAAUCAGAUCAAUGAUGUCAGAAACCUUUUGAUGAUGAUGUCAGAAACCCGUUUAUAAAACUUUCUUCAGGCAUUUAUUGAACAGCGUGUUGUCAUUAAGCUG